UGUAGAUUUUCUGGUUUCUCUACUUGAAACAAAAAAUGGGUUUGCAGAGAUCAAUAGACGGGCAGACAAAGAGCUCAACACCGAAACUAAUGGAAGAAAGCUACGAGGAAGAGGAAGAAGAAGACGAGCAUGGAGACACUCUCUGUGGAAGCUGUGGAGGUAAUUACACAACUGAUGAGUUCUGGAUUUGCUGUGAUGUUUGUGAACGCUGGUACCACGGGAAAUGCGUGAAGAUAACACCAGCUAAAGCAGAGAGCAUCAAGCAGUAUAAAUGCCCGCCUUGCUGUGCUAAGAAAGGAGGAAGACAGUGAUGGUGAUGAAUUGAUGAUGAUGACCUUCUCAAAGAGACUCUGGCUCUUCUUCUUAUGUUUUAAUCGAUAUGUUAAUCAACU